AUGACAGCGGCAGCUCCCGUGCGCGCAUCGACCCCGCGUCCCAAGGCGGCUGCAACAACUAGCACCUCAUCCCACGCGGCCACCGCACCAGCAGCCGCCGCCUCGGCCUUCACAUCCAGGCCCGGUGCCCCUCCGCCAGCCGCUCCUCGACCUCCGCCGCCAUUCGUCCCCGUGACCCGACGGUCCAAGCGGCCUCUGUCCACCGACUUCCUCUCCGACGAUGCCACCGCCGCCUUCGUUCGCCGUGUCCUCUGCCCCCAGCACCAAGCUGGCAACGGCACGCCGCCGCCUCUCGAGGACCUCCUCCCGCCCUUGACGAGCCGAAACGAUGUCGACUUGCAGCUAUAUGCCUUGCUGGCUGUCAUUUUGAGGGACUUUGUCCAGGCCUGGUACUCCAAGAUCACAUCAGACGAGACCUUUGUCGCCGAGAUCCUGCAGAUCAUCGCACACUGCACGAGAGCGCUCGAGCAGCGCCUACGAAAGGUGGACUUGGAGAGCCUGCUUUUGGACGAGCUGCCAGAUCUCCUGGACAACCACAUCACAGCCUAUCGCACUGCUCAUAAUCCAGUGGCACGACCGCCGACGCAAGUGAACCCUCGAGAUAUAUACCAUGCUCUCUGUCCGCUGGUGCCUCUGUCACCGGUUCCGAAGCCCGAAGACCCCGAGUCCGCUGCAAAGCAGCAGGAGAACGAGACAAUGUACCGGCAGCUCUUGGUGCAGGGCGUCUUGGCCAUACUGCUGCCGACAGAGGAUCUCGAAAACGAGUGUCUGACGGCUCUCGUUGGCCAGAUCUUGUCGGAGCUCAUCAUUGGCAAUGUCUUUAUCAACAAACUUGCGCAGCCUUGGAUGUUAUGGGAGAUCAUGAUCAUCCUCGUCAGGGUAUUGGGCAAGAGAGAGCCGGAAAAGACAACGCUAGAAGAGGGUGUGGCCGAGGCACUGUCGCCAGACGCGCCCAUCAUCGAGCCGGAAUCCUCAACACGGGGAUGGUCUUUCCAAGGCAUCUUCUGGGGCGUCAUCCAAUGGCUGUUCAUGGCGUUCACGGUGGUACAGCUCGUCGUGCUGACCCUCGCCUCCUCGUCCUCGUUGCCCGCCAGGUCGACACCAGCCUUGGAUGCAAAGCAUUCUCUAGCAGGUUCUGGAUCCGCCACGAAAGCAGCCAAAGCCAACGCCUCCAAGCCAGUCAAGGCACCCAUCGUCACCUUCAAGCUGUGGAGCUGCAUCUCUAGCUUGAUCGAGCUCGAUGCUCGCACGCCGUGGCUGAGCGGAGCCCUCUCCAUGCUUCAGUUCGGCGCUGUCAGUGGUCCGGCGAAACUCGCAGGCCUCGACGGUCCUCUCGACAGGUAG